AUGUCCAGAGGACUGGACUACGACGAAUUCCGGCAGGCCCAGAAUGAGUUCCUCGCGACCCUGUCGAACAAAGAACGAGAGACCUUUUCCACCUAUAUCUCCGCCGACACAUUUCUACAAUCACUGGAGCGCUUGGACAUCAUUGCGAAGAAGGGGCCGUCUGGGAAAAGAUGGCUAAACAUCAUCAGGAAAUUUUCGGAUGGGCUGGAGCCGUAUUUCAAGGUCGUUAACAUUUACGUCUCUUCCAAGCCAGAAUGCGCCGCCAUUUUCUGGGGCUCGUUGCGGCUUGUUUUGCAGUUGGCGAGCAAUUACGGUACCUUUUUCGAGAAGAUGACGAAAAUGCUGUCGAGUCUGACGGAUGAACUCCCACAAUACGGAGAAUUGCUUGACCUUUGCCAACACAGGGGCCCUGAUACCGAAGAUGAAGCGAACACUCUGAGGGUUCAAGCGCAUAUCGUGUUGAUCUACAAAGACAUGUUUGCAGUUCUUCAUACGGCGGCCAGAAUCUUCGCAAAGUCCGAUGGCAAAAUGAAGAAGAAGGCUGUUGUAGUUGGCAGCCUACUCUGGAAACCCUUCGAGUCACGGUUCGGCGAGCUGCUGGUCCAGAUGCGCGGUCAUCGGCGAUUCAUAUUUGAGCAACUCGUCCUGUGGCACGCGAGUGAAGAAGUCAAGGAGAGGGCAAGGGCCGCAGCUGAUCGAAAGGUGGAAUCAGUCGAGCGCGAGGACGUCGCCCUAGAGCGAGAUCUGGCCGCGAGAGAACGCAAACUCAUAAGGGAGGAACGGGAUUUGAAUUCUCAACGCGGAGCAGAGGUUUCUAAGUGUCUUCGAGAGGUUCGCCAGGAGAUGAGAUGUCUGGAGAAUGAUCGGAAAGAACAGGCUAGGACUCGAAUCGCCGAAUGGGUUGCACCGCCAAAUUUCGCCGACAGCCUCGAGAAGGAGCUUCGGCUUCGAGAUCCAGGAACAGCCAUGCGGCUAUUUGAGGAGAAGGCUUACAAUCAAGGGGUGGAGGGCCGCGAGGCGGUUGCACACUCGAGGAAAUUCUUUGGAUCCAACACCAUUUGGAUACAGGAUUUGAUCUUGCUCGACAUUCUGCGUCUGUGCUUGCCCGAGGACGCGAUCCUCGUACUUGAUGGGAUCGACGAAUGUAGCGACAACGAUUUCUUGAUUGAAUCCCUAGUCGGCCUGUCGCACAACGUCCCCAGUCUUCGUAUGAUGCUUUUAAGUCGCAUCAACGUGGCAGCGCUGAAGAGUUCCGUGCGUGCCAACCACAUCUUUGUUGCCGCCAAGAAUAAGGUGAGCCGCGACAUCCAUCAGUUCUGCCUCAACCAGAUCCAGGACAUGUUUGAGGAAGAGCUGCUCCCGGAGAGUUGCCUUGGCGAUACGGAACCCUUUGCGGACAAGUUGUGCAUCGGCGCCGAUGGGAUGUUUCUCUGA